UGGGGAGCCCCACAGCAUGAACUGCUACAGCAUGGACCCCCGUUCCACCACCUGUCAGCACGAGGGUUCUUGGCCUCCUUCCUCACUGUACUGCAAGAAGCUGAGCUCUGGAGACUUCCGUCUCGGGGGAGGCUCUGCUGCCACCACCAGUGUUCCACGUGCCCCCAUGUGCUCUGGAGGCUCCUCAGCACCUGGACUGAGGCCCCCAGCCUCCAGCCCCAAGGGAAGGAAUUCUCUGGAAGGAAACAGAUGUGGAAAUUCACCCUCCAGAGAUGGCCAGGACGCCAGGCCACCGAGGACCAGAAACCCUGCCACCUGGACCGUGGAGGACGUGGUCCGGUUUGUGAAGGAUGCUGACCCGCAGGCCCUGGGGCCGCACGUGGAGCUCUUCAGAAAGCACGAGAUCGAUGGCAAUGCUCUUUUGUUGCUGAAAAGUGACAUGAUCAUGAAGUACCUGGGCCUGAAGCUGGGACCUGCCCUGAAACUCUGUUACCACAUUGACAAGCUGAAGCAAGCCAAGUUCUGAAAUGAUCUGAAUGACAGACGCCAAACCCAAGAGAACAGACCUCAAGAUUAACCUCUACCUUACCAGCAUCCCGCUAACAUCACCAAGCAGAUUCGCCCCUCACACUCGCAGAGACUUGGCCUUUUUAUAAAACAUGUGUACCUUUGCCUUUUCAUUCAGUAUACUUUUUUCGAAAGGCUUGUAUGUGUCACUGACCUGCCCAAAAAAAUUACAAAAAAAACCACCUCUGUUAUUGUUGACA